UCCCACCCACCCCCUCGACAGGACUCUCUUUACCGCUCUUUUCCGGAGGCUGGCGGAGGGAGGAAGGAGCCGAAAGAGCAAGCCAGAAUGAGCCACCCGUCCUCCUGUCUCUCUAUGAUCUUCUCUUAAAGCCACCCCGCCUCCAGGACCGAGCGGGGGUGGGCUUCCCCUCUCCUGCAUCUGGCUAUCCCUCCGCCCCCUCCUUCUGCGCCUUCUCGGGUCGAACCAAGCGGGGUCCGAACGUGGGGGGCGGAGGGGGGGAGGGAAGAUGGCGCAGGCCUUGUCCGGAGAGGAGUUCGAGCGCAUGCAGGCACAACUACUGGAGCUUCGGACACAGAAUUACCAGCUCUCUGAUGAACUCCGCAAGAACACUGCUGAAUUAAAUGGGCUUCGACAGCGGGUGGCUUUUCUGGAUAAGGAAUUUGCCAAGGCUCAGAAGGCUCUGAAUAAGAGCAAAAAGGCUCAGGAAGUAGAUGCCUUACUUAGUGAAAAUGAAAUGCUUCAGGGAAAACUACACAGCCAGGAGGAUGACUUCAGGCUGCAAAAUAGCACCCUCAUGCAGGAGCUCUCCAAGCUGUGCUCUCAGAUUGAGCAGUUGGAGAAGGAGAACAAGAGUCUCCGGGAAGGGGACGUGGCCGUCACUGGCGGUGCCUCCCCAGCCACUCCUGUGGAUGGAGAGCUGCUCAGACUUCAAGCAGAGAACGCUGCGCUGCAGAAGAACAUGGCAGCUUUGCAGGAGCGCUAUGAGAAGGAGGUGGCCCGUCAGGCAGAAAGCCGAGGCGGCGGGAAGGGCGAUGCCUCCAUAGAGCCUCUUCCUGCUGGGCAAGAGGAUUUGGAGCCCCCGGCGGCAUCUGAGAGCAGCACUUCUCAGCAGCUUCUGUCAGAGGUGGAGCUGAAGUGGCAGACGGAGCGGGAGGAGAAAAGGCUCCUGAAAGAGCAGCUGCAGAGCCUUGAGGCAUCGAAGACAACAGAGACCUCCCGGCUGCAGCAAGAACUCAGCAAGCUUGCUGAGAAACUGAAGAAGAAACAGGAGAGUUUUCUGCGACUUCAGACUGAAAAGGAAGCGCUCUACAAUGACAGCAGGACCAAAAUUGAUGAGAUCCAGCAGCGGAAGGAGGAUGAGCUCAAAUCCCUGCAGAUUCGCAACCAGAAGCUGCAGCAAGAGCUGCAGACAGCAAACCAGGGCUGCUCAGAAUUAAAGGACCAACUGCAGAGCCAUCGCAAAGAGCAUGAGGUGGCCCUGCAGGCUUUACAGGAGCAGGUUGCUUGCCAAAGUGCGGAGAGCCAGGAACAGGUUGAAACCAUUCUCUCUGAAAACGAUGCCCUGAGAACCAACCUGGCAGCAUUAGAACAGAUCCAAACGUCCAAGACCCAAGAGAUGAAUCUGAUGCGGGAUCAGGUGGCAGCGCUGGGGGCAGAGCUGCAGCAGUGUCAGAGUGAGAAGGAGGCGCUGGCUGCCCACAGGGAGGAUCUGAACACACAGCUGCAGGAGUCACUCCGAGCCAACUCUCGUCUCUUGGAGCAGCUGCAGGAACUUGGGCAAGAGAAGGAGAGGUUGUUACAAGACCUCGACGAAGCCAGGAAGACAGCGGAGAAGCGCAAGACCAUGCUAGACGAGAUGGCCAUUGAGACCCAGCAAGAGAAGGGGCGCCAUAAGGAAGAGCUGAGCAACCUCCGCUUGCAGCACGAGAAGGAGGUGCUGGCCGUGCGGGCGCGCUACGAGCGGGAGCUGCGGGAGCUGCACGAGCACAAGAAGCGGCAAGAGGACGACCUGCGUGGCCAGCUGAAGGAAGAGAAGGCUCGCAGCCAAGAACUGGAGUCCAUGCAGCAAACGGUGGAGCAGCUGCGCCUGCAGAUACAGUCCAUGGAUGGCACCAAGGGCUGGUUUGAGCGGCAGCUGAAGGACGCAGAGGAGCUGAUAGAGAAGCACCAGCAGGAACAUUUGGAGGCAAUGCGAGUCUGUAAGGAGCAGCAUGUGGCUGACCUGCAGCUCAAGGACCAAGAGGUGGAAGCCGUCAAAGAGCAGCUGCGAGAGAUCGAAAGAGUCCGGGAUGAACAUAUGGGCACAAUCGGUCGGCUGAAACAGGAGGUGAAGGACACGGUCGACGGGCAGAGGAUUCUGGAGAAGAAAGGCAGCGCAGCGCUGAAGGAUCUAAAGCGGCAGCUCCACCUGGAACGGAAAAGAGCGGACAAGCUUCAGGAGCGGCUCCAGGAAAUCUUAACCAAUAGCAAGAGCAGGACAGGAAUUGAGGACCUCGUUCUGGCAGAUAUCAGCUCACCAAGCCGGGCACAGACGGGGGACAGCAGCAGCAUCUCAUCCUUCAGCUAUCGUGAAAUCAUGAAAGAGGGCUCCGGGACCGGCAGUAACAAGUCAACCACAGGCAGUCCCCAGUCACAGUCGCAGCCCCCGCGGCCAGCUGACCUCUCGGACGAGGAGAUCUCUGAGCUGUUCCAGCGUCUGGCUGAAGUUCAGCAGGAGAAGUGGCUACUGGAGGAGAAGGUGAAGCACCUUGAGGUCAGCAGUGCCUCCAUGGCUGAGGAUCUGUGCCGGAAGAGCGCCAUCAUUGAAACCUACGUGAUGGACAGCCGCAUCGAUGUAUCGGGAGCCCAUGGGCAAGUGGACCGCAGCAGCCUGAGCAGCGUUUUGCGGGACCUGGUGAAGCCGGGAGAUGAGAAUCUGCGUGAGAUGAACAAGAAGCUUCAGAAUAUGCUGGAGGAGCAGCUGACUAAAAACAUGCACUUGCAAAAGGAUCUGGAAGUCCUCUCCCAAGAGAUAGUCCGUCUCAGCAAGGAGUGUGUCCCUUCCCCUGAUGCUGAGCCUAGCUUGGAUGAUGCCGUCUGAGCCCACGUCCGUCCGUCCUGCGACAUCCGCCCCCUUUGCUUUGCCCUCGACUGCCCUGCCGGUGUGAGGGGAUCUUGGCAGCUUCCUGCCUCCCCCUUGGCUGGAUGACUUCUCUCUUUCUGUUUUCGGAAGACAUGUUAACUUUCUCCAGCUGGCUGUGUCUCCCUCAGCACUGCAGAAGGGUUCUCUUUAAACCCCUUCCCUUCACUGGCUGCCCGCUCAGGCCCCACCCUACAAACAGAUUGUAUUCUCCCCCCCCCCCGCCGCCCCCAUGCCAAGAGACGCUGUUUCUUCUGGGGGCAGUCAUGGCUGGCCCUUUAAGAAGCACUGACUGAGGUGGCCUUUUGCAGCGGGCAGGAGGGUCGUCGCCUGCCAAUUAGGGUUGCUCCAGGACUGCCACGCAGCCUCCAAAAAGAGGAAGGUUGGGUGUUGUGAGUCUGGAGCGACUGUGGAGCUGUGAAGCCGGAUGGGAGGUAUUUCUGCCACAGGAAAGAACAGCUUCAGGUUCCAGCCUUGGGAUCCCAUUGUCUCUCGGAGCAAAGGAUGAACAGGUGUCCUAACGUCCUCCUAAGCCUCUCCCCCUGCCUCUGCCACCCCCACCCCACCCCCACUUUUACAGGCUAAAUGUGUGACCCUCGAGCACCGUCACUCUCAUCCCCUCUCCACUGAGCCCCCUGGUCUUCCAUGCCACUCAUUCUGCAUGCUUGGUCAGCCCCCCAGUCUACGUGCCCCAGUUCUAUCCAGCUGCUGCUGCUGCUAAUUAAAAAAGAGAGAGAGAGAGAGAAUAAAAUAUUAUAGAUAAAUAUAUAUAUAUAUAUUUGCGCAGAUUCCUUCCCUCUGGGUGGGACUGAACCCAAGCGGUGCAAACCCUUGCCCUACAGGAGGGGAGCUCUUGGGCUCGUGCAAGGCCCCAGCGGCACUUUCUGUUGGGGGGGGCGGUGGCGUGUGUGUUUAUUUAACGUAUCAAUGACUUGUACAAGGCUGUAAUUGUUGAGCAACUGAUAAUGCAAACAAUGAUUUUUGACUGGC